CGUGUCCAUGGUGCAGUGACGCGAUCGACCGACCGACCGACGCAUCCAGGGCCAUUAAAUAACAUCCGUCCGUCCUUCAAAUUAGGGUGACUGCGUUGAUGACACUAGCUACCCACAAAAACGUGUGGCACACACGCACACACACAUGGACUUAAGACGCACACACACACACGAAGCGCAUGAAGGACAAAACGCCCUAGCAUGCAAGAGAGCGGGUGGAUGCAGGCCGAUCUAUAGAGAGAGAGAGAGGGGGGGCUGUGUCUCUCCAUGUCUCGAUGGAUGGAUGGAUGGAUGGAUAAAGGGAGCACGCGCACGCAUGCACAAUGGGACACACGAAGGCACGACACGAAGCGAUAUCGAUAUGUACAUACGACGGUGUGAAGACCAAUCAAUUGCCCGAUGCAGCGGUGGUAGGUACCAAAAGGACUACAGCUACACACACAGCGACGUUAUCUCUUUACACACACACAUACACGAAGGAAGCGCACGCGCGACAACGAAGGAGACACCACCAAUGCGACGCAUGCCGCCCACACACACUAUCAGGCUCCCAUAAGGGCCUUCCGCACACCGACAUACGAUGAGCCACUCAGCAGCAGAGACCGGUGGCUGCGCUGGCCCUUGUCGAGCCAUGACACUGACACGCCUGCCAUCGUCACUGUGGUGCAGUUGGGCUCCUCAAGACAGAUGCGCGUCAGCAGCAUGGACACCUCCACCUGAUCGAUGACACACACACAGGGGGAUGAGGGAAGGUUUGCUGCGAUGCGCGACUGGCGUGCCCAGGUGGUAUCUACCUGCUCUUGGAAUGCCAGUUCGUUCCUGCCAUGCAGCCGCCGGCAGGCGACGGACUUGCCGCAUGAGACCUCCAGCUGCGUCAUGUGGACCUCCAUGCCUAACCGUCCGAUGCGACGGACCUGGCGUGACACACCUGAUGGACCCCCCCCCCAACACACACACAUGGCGAGAGAGGGUCUCUGUGUGGCGGUAAAGAGCUUACUGUCGAAGUCUGUGCCGUGAAGGGCGACGCGCAUCUGCAUGGCCACUCCAUUGACCGGCGCGCCUUUCUCCUUCAGGAACCGCAGAUACUGAUACAUCGCCUCUCCCUUCCCCUGCACACACACACAUACACACACAUACACGGAAAGGUGUAUGUUCCUCUCAUUCCCCUCACCCCUUUGCUUGAUUCGAUGUGGUGGUCGCUGAUCAUGAGCCGUAUGGGCGCGUUGCCGGCGGCCUCACGCGCCGCCUUGAAGGCCCUCUCCACCCACCCUGACGGGCCGUAAAGAACCGGGGAAUUCUGUGGGUCCUUCUGCACAUUGGAGAGCACUGCACACACACAAGGAGGGAGGGGAGUCCACAUACACAUAUACUUCGUUGAUCCCGGCAUUCAUUCGGGCGUACCGUCAGCAGCGACAUCCAUCUGUAUGACAUGGGGCAUCGCGUCAGCGUCAGUAUAGCGCCCCACCACCUCUCUCACAUGCGUCAAGAGCGCCGCCUCACGCCGAUGAUGGUCCUUGCUGGCCCACCCCGGCACCCCUCGCCCCCACGUCACCAGAGGCAUGCGCAUCUUGAGGCCGAGUUCGGUGGACAGAUCGGCCAUUCGGUCGCAGAGGGAGAAGUCGAAGACGCCUUGCUGUGGCUGCAGGACGCCCAUUGUGCCUGACAGAGAGACAGACGGAUGCUUUGGUGUGGGGGUGAUUGUCCGUCUGUGUGUGCACAUUGUGCAGAUGUCGGCAGCAGGUUCGAUUCUUCUGCCUGUGUCUGCAGGUAGGUGGGGUCUGUGAGCUGCCGUGGUGAGGUGACGGCAAAGCCCACAUACAUCCUCCGCCCAUCGGCCAAUGCGCGAACGCACACACACACACACACACACAGUAGAUGCACGUUUGCGCGCCGCACAGACACACACACUGGCAUGCAGACUGGGGGCGGCACUGAGUGAGAGAAAGACGCCUACAGAACAAAGGUGCAGGCGAGAAGCUGAGUGCGUGUGUUCCAAGAUAAUGUGACAAUGGGCUAUCAAGCCUUACCAAGCAGAGGGAAUGAGGUUGUGUGUGCGGGUCAUGAGGGGAAUCCCAAGUUGGUCAAAAGGUAUCCCACCUCGGGAAUGACGAAGUAAAGACCAUAUAGGUCGGUCUUCAUCGCAAUCGCAUCUCCAUCACCAGCAUACAAAAAGUCUGCUACAGGCCCUUGACGUCCUUGCCGAUUCCUUGAGGUCCUUCAUCCUUUUCCUGAGCCGACAAGCGCACAGACAGAGAGAGAUGUCAGCUGGAGGGCCUUGUGGCUGCUCCUCGCUUCAUGUGUGGCCUCUCUAUGUGUGAGCCUCUCUGGUGCC